CGUCGCUUAAGCCGCAGAAAGGGAGAAGGCGGCGGAGGGAGAGGCGGCGAGCGCCCGCCGGGGGAACGAGGAGACCGCUCGGAGCUCCAGCGCCUGCCCGCCGCCACGGUCGCGGGGCUGAGCCGCGUGGGGGAUACCCUGGACAGCGCCCCGCGCGUGGCGCUCACUCCCGCAGCCGAGCACCGCAGAGCCCUCCGCGCGACCCCUUCCCGGCGACAUGGAGAAGCUAAAGGCUUUCGACCAGGAAGUAAAUGAAUUUGUGGACUAUAUGUUUGGAGCUAGAGAUCCCAGGGUCCGAGGAUGGCUCAUGCUGGAUUCUUACCUACCUACCUUUUCGCUGACUGUUGCAUAUCUUCUCUUGAUAUGGCUGGGCACCACAUUUAUGAAGAACAGGCCUGCUUUUUCACUCAGGGGUCUCCUUAUUGUAUAUAACCUGGGAGUUACACUGCUUUCAUUAUACAUGCUUAUAGAGCUAAUUCUUGCCACUUGGGAAGGAGGUUAUAACUUGCAGUGCCAGAACCUCACCAGUGCGGGAGAAGCUGACAUUCGGGUGGCCAAGGUGUUGUGGUGGUAUUACUUUUCCAAAGUCAUUGAAUUUGCUGACACCAUUUUCUUUGUGUUACGGAAGAAAAACAGUCAAAUUACUUUUCUUCAUGUUUAUCAUCAUGCCACUAUGUUUAACAUCUGGUGGUGUGUCAUGAACUGGAUACCAUGUGGACAAAGUUUCUUUGGACCCACUUUGAAUAGUUUUAUUCACGUCCUCAUGUACUCCUACUAUGGUCUGUCCGUGAUUCCAUCCAUGCGCAGGUAUUUGUGGUGGAAGAAAUACCUCACUCAGGCACAACUGAUUCAGUUUCUGCUCACCAUUACACACACACUCAGUGCUGUUGUGAAACCAUGCGGAUUUCCAUUUGGUUGUCUGAUCUUCCAGUCCUCAUACAUGACCACACUGGUCAUUCUAUUUGUUAACUUUUAUGUUAAGACAUAUCGGAAAAGACCUUCAAGGACUGAUAUGAAAGACGUCUCUGCAGUGACAGAAAUCAAGAAUGGGUUCCACAAAGAGUACAUAAUGGCAGCUAAUGGUACUCUGAACAAUAAAAAAGCACAAUAAGUAUAUUUUAAUAAUACAUUGUAGUCUACAAAAGCCCUCCCCCACUUUUUUUCAUGAACAGAGAACGAGAGCAAUCCUAAGCAGGUCUAUGCAGAAGUAAGACCCAUUUUAUUUAACGGAGCUUACUCUCGGGAAAGUGUGAGGAUUGCAACCUAAGCUGAUCAUUUGAUUGCAUACAACUUUAGGACAACCUUUGUCUCAGUUUGGUUACAAUUAUCUUGCUCCCUGAUGCUUAACUCACUGGUAUUCAAGGUUAAAAAACAAAGUAGUUUUUAAUAUUUUGAUAAAGACCACCAGCAAAAUGAAGUGUGUGGUGGGGUGGUUGCUAUCGUAAUCCCUGUCACUCAGCCAAAACAAUGCCAUAUUAUUUAAUCUUUAACAGGGGCAGAAUGCCUGACAGUUUUUGCUCAGAAAAUUAAAAUGUGGUUGCAUUUUGCUCUAGCAUUCUAGAGUUAGGAUUCUAUUCAGUAUGAAGGCUGCUUCAUUUACAGAAUAAUAGUGGUGUUAGCAUGUACUUAAUUUCAUUUGCACAGUAGUGCAAAAAUCAUUUCCUUCCGCCCAUUCCAUAAAUUGAUUGAUUUCAGAGGUGAGCUCCAAUGUGUGCCCACAAUACAUUGCAUGCCACCAGAUGACUUCCAUAAUAGCAAGAGGCAGAAGUUGACUAAAACCUUGCUAGGCUUUUACUACAAGUUAGUGCCAAUGGAGGCAUCUGCUCUGCCAUGAAAACUUAUGAACAGAGGUGUCCAAUCCACUUUUAGUAAUUGCAGCACGUUACAAGCAAACAAGCAUAUUGGCUGCAAUUUUCCCCUAACAUGUCUCACACCAGAUCUCAUAUACACUAGACACUGUGAUCAUUACGUGAAACAGCUGAUGGUAACGUUCACUGCCUUUCUGCCCUUCCAUUCCCUGGGUCAGAAAGAUGCAGUCUUUGUGAUUGGAGAAAACAAGUUUGGUAGAUAAUUUCAGUAUUCUGUGCGCUGGGAAACAGGAAGAGUACUUGUGUAAAAGCAGAUGAAAAGAUUGAAGACGUCACAAAAUCUAAUAGCUUAUACAUUCCUAGCAGCAGCACAUUUCCCUCCCUGGUUUGCCCCCUUUUUGCUUACAGAAGCAAAAGAUGUAUGUGUGGGUUUCACACAAACCGGGCUGAACCUACUUCAGGUUUGGUUGUCAUUCGUGUACUUCAGGCUGUACUCAACUUCUCCCACCCACAGCUAGGUUGGUAAGAAGUCUAGUGGGAGUGCUAGGAGGCAACAUCACAGGCAGGCUUAGCCUCUCUGCCCUGACUGCUGGCCAUCCAUGGCAACCGGUUGGCUAAUCUGUGAGACAGGAUCCUGGAAACCAUGGGUCUGAUCCAGCAGAGCACUUCUUGCACACUUCCUUAAUGUCGUGCUAUCCGGCCCUUUUUCACAGCUAUCAGAGGCAGACUUCAUUUCCUGCUUAGUUAAAGACUGCCUCUGGAAAUGCUGAGGUUUCAAGCCAGCUGUAAACCACUGCUGUAAGCAACAGGCCCAACAAAUGAAGCAUACUUGGUGGCUUGCUUGAAAAUGUUAGGCUGGCUAGAACUAACAGUACUACAAAGAGCAUGGGUGCUAUGAGCUCUGCAGCCAAGCCAACUCAGCUACGUCACCCUGGGAUAGCAUAGCAAAACUCCAGAGCUCACCAUGCCACAAGCAUUAAUAGCCAUGUUGCUAUCACAGUCCUAGCUGAAGCAAGCGAAGUCAGCCACUUUAGCCAUUGGUCCUUCCUACAAACCAAAUAAAGCACACAUUCUUUGUGUUCCAACUUCUCCUGUCAUGACCCCCCCCCCCACGACCAGCCCAGUGACUCUCACUUGGAGGGCUCAGAGGAAGAGCCUGAGGAGCCAAGGCCAGUGAACCAGGAGGGCCAGCAGGAUCAGGGAGGGCCUGAUGCUGCAGAGCCUCCAAGAGAGACUGUGCCACUGGCCUCUGAGAUAGCCACUAGGCCUCUUUCAGGCAGGACACAAAUCCAGGCCCAUAGCUCCCCCAGAACCCUCUCCCCCACUCUACAAGAACAGCCUCAGCAUAAUGCCCAGGCGAAGAUGGCAAUACGGAGGUGAAGUGCCAGACUGGCUGCAUGCAACCUCCCUGCAGAUCCACAGCCAAGUGCAGAGAAUGGUACUUCUUCACAGGAUCCUGGCCAGAGUGCAGUGCAGCUUCAAAAGUUUCAGCGUCUGCCUGCAAGUGCAGCUGAGCCUGAUUAACACCCAGCCUAUUUAGGCUGAGGCUUGAGAAGGCUGCCUUGCUGGAUCAACUGGUCCACUAGAGGCAAGCGUGCUCCAGCUCCAAUCCCCACUCUGUGUUCAAACCCAGGCAGAAUUCCUACUCCAGAGGAGCCCAGCCCUGACCUGCCUGCAGAGCACAGGCACCUCCCUUCACAUGCUUUUUCAUAAAAGCAUUGGGUGUAUGAGAUCACCUACUCACCCAAAAUGAGACCGCCUGUCCAUUAUGCUCAGUCUCACCCAAGCUUAUGCAUUCUACACCUGCAGAUACAACACACCUUAUACAAUGCUGCACUAAAAUGGAGAACAGCUGCAGGGAAGUGCUUUUAGAGCCAACAAUAAGCAAAUAGGGCUCAUAUAGAUGAGACACCUGCAGAAGACCAUAAAAGUGUUACCUCCAGAAAUAAAAUAAUGGACCAUAAGUGGUAGGAGUGGCUCAGCUAUGACUUGCUAAUCAUUACAUGGUAUUUUUGCUUUGUGAAGUGCUUGAACAACUGGUUAUUUUGUCUCUCAUCCAACUUGACCACCCCCAUGUCAUAGAUGGGGAAAGCACGGCUAAGAAAAAAUGGCUUCACCAAACUUAAAACAAUGCAGCCAGUGCAGGGCAGAUGCUUUCAACCCAGCUUUGCCAUACAGAUCUCCAGCUCUACACCAAUAAUAGCACUCAGGGAUUUUUCCUUUCCCUUACGGCUCUAGCUCAGAUUUUCUAUGAUCAAUUGACAGCCCCAAAUAAAGAAAGCAUAGGUGAGGAGAUUGCAGCAGUAUGGGGGAAAUUAAUAACUGUGGCUGGAGCACAGGAUCCAGGUGCAAAUCCUAUUUGUAUCUUAACAACACAAUGUGUAAAAAAAACCCUGUGACUAUUACCUUAAGCACAGUAAUCAAUGAUCUUUACACUUCAACAAAAACUAGUCUAGAAUCAAGCUGUAAGUAUACUUGCAAAGCACCUUCACUGAAGGCAGAGCAAGGAAAAUGUCUUUUACACUUACGCACACUAAUAAAAUCAAAUUGAAAAAGCAGUAUCAGGAUAGAUUCAGACAACCAGUAGGGAUGAACUUCUGCAAUCACCACGAGUAAUUUGAUGGAAUGAGAGGAUAAAGAUAGGCACCAAGUUUUUCCUCCAGCAGAACACCACUCAGAGAACCAUUAAAACCAAAUGCAAACAUAUAUUCCCAUUUUAAAGGAGAGCUCCUUGAGGAAGAAGCUUCCAGUAAAUCUGUUUGAAUUUAGUUCCAGUGUAAAAAGUUUCACUGACAUCCUGUUAUAAGUGCCAGUGUGGUGUAACAGCUAGGAUUGUUGACUUGGUUUCAGGAGACCUGUACUCAAAACCCUAAUCCCUAGGGGGAUCUUUGGCCAUAUGCUUUUACCCUAAGUUACAUCUCAGGGUUGUUGUGAGGAUAAAGCAGAUGAACCAAGAACCGUUUCAACCAUCCUCAGCUUCUUGGGAGAAAAGGUAGGAUAAAAGUAUGACAGAUAAUGGAAACAGUUUUAGCUUGUCUGAAAUAGUCCCAAGAGUGUGACUAGGCUCUACAGAUGCCUUUUUUAAAAUGGAUGAUGAUCUUCAAAUCUGUCAUCUACUGAAUCUGGUAUUUUGAAAGCCAGCACAGCAUACUAAAGAGAGCAGGAGUAGGAUCUGCAAUAAGCAGGUUUGAACCCCCCCCUGCCACAGAAGCCUACUGGUGACCAUGGGCCCAUCACAAUCUCUCAGGGAGAAGAGAGGAUGAUGUCAUAAGCCACUUGGGGGGGGGGGGAAGGUGGGGUAUAAAUAAAAAAUAAGCAUCAAAAAUAAAUUCUGUUAAGCCUCUUAGACUUGUUCAGAAGACAAAUGGCCCCAUAUUCCAGUACUUGGUGAUUGCAAAAGUAGGAAAACAGUUGCCUGAAUUUUACCCUGAAGCACCUACUGUAGGGUAAACAGAGUUUCCAAAUGCUUGAACUACAAAGAUAAUUACAAGUCGCUGGAUGAGCUCUUGGAAAACUCAGUAUGCCACAGGUUGGUUCCAGUUUGAAAGUCUAGCCCACCAGACAUCUAGAGACUGUCUCUUCUUUUUUUAAAAAAAACCCUUGUUUUUUAAAAAAAGGAACAAUGCCUUACUCAAUCUUUUCAAAGGGCUGACAAAAUAUGCUAUCUUACAGACUCAAAUACACUUGAUAAAUUGCAAUCAGGUAUGUUCUAAAUGUACAAAGACUAUAAUCAAUAUGCUGCUAUUAUGAAAGAAAUACCCAGAACGACAACUUUUUAAAGUGAUUCUCCUGUAAUGUACCACUGAAAUAAAUACAUUUUACAGUCA